GUCAGUGUCUCUGCUCCGACCCGACUGAGGUGGGCCGCCGCUCCGCUCUGAAUCCUCCAGACUUCACCGACAUCUGAACUUCACUUCUCCAUCAGGAUCACAGCUCCAACAUGGCCGCUGCCGAGGUAACGUACGCUGAUGUGAAGCUCCCUAAAUCCAAGGGCAAAGCUGAUAAUCGUUUGUCAUCGGAGGUCACUUACUCUGAAGUCAGGCGCCUGAGAAAACUCACAGAAGACUCUCAACCAUUUGAUUCAAGUGAAAUGAGGAAUCCUCAACCCAGACGUCAGACAAAACGUCGACCCACCGCAGAGCGAGGGGCUCUGCUGGUUCUCAGCGUCCUGCUGGCGGCGGCCAUCAUCGCCCUCUCUGUCACCCAAAUCAACUGCAGAAACACCCACAGUGAGCUUAAAAUGUGCAAAGCUUCUCCACCUCCAUCCUGUCCUCCACCUCCUGAAGUAAAAGAGGAAACAUUUCAGAAGUGUGAAGAAGGCUGGGAGAAACAUGGAAGAAACUGUUAUUAUCUUAACACCACUAAAUCCACCUGGAAUGACAGCAGACGAUUCUGCAUUGAUCGUGGAUCAGACCUGGUGAAGAUCGACAGCAGAGAGGAGCAGACGUUCCUGGGGAAGAAACUGAGACGCUUCAUGAACCAAAUGAAGAUGAAUGAAACAGAGACGUUCUGGAUCGGACUGACGGAGUCAAAGGAAGAAGAGAUCCGGUUCUGGGUGGACGGAUCUCCUCUGAAUGAAAGUCUGAGUUUUUGGAGUGAACCUGGAAACAAACAUGGAGGAAAUGAAAUUGUUGAAGGCUUUAACCAAAUAAGAGGAAGUGGAGGCAUGUGGGAGGAGGCUGCAGAUGGAGAUUGACAGGAAGCUUCGUUAGAUAUGAAGAGCGAAGAUGUUCUGAUAAAUAUCAUUCUGCUCUGCCUGCAGAGGACAGAGGACACAUUUAUGGUGAGUUUUUAAAUAUUUCUGUACAACAAAUGCUCAGAUAAUCUCUGGGGUGCUUAGUUUACCAAACUGUGUCAUUUAUGUAAAAUGAUCUUGGAUCUAAUCUGGAAAUAUCAGGUUUGGACUCAGGAAACAUUUAGAACUU